CAAGUGCUGGUCGUGGUCCUGGUGGUGGUGUUGGUCUGCACAAGGACUGACUUCGGGAGUCCGAACAACAACAAGACUCUAGCCACAUUGCCUGAGGAAUGGCCUGACGCACCCCUCCACACAACGCCUCGACAACCCGCCAUCCUCACCAUGGAUACGGCCCUCGACAUGGAUUUGGACGAAACGCAAAUCCGUGUGGCCGACUACCUCGACGACAAGCUGCAGACUGUCGCCGACCUCGACUCGCUCGAUUCCCUGCUGGCCACCCUUCACGACCAGCACAGCUUGCUCAAGCAGCAGCUGCACGCCGCCCAGCGCGACCUCUCCGCCGCCAAACAGGCCCAACACGCCCACCAUCGCGACCUGCACGACCGCGCCCGCGCCUUCGACUCGGACCAGGCAGACAUCGACCGCCGCCUGGCCAUCAUCACCGCCUCCGAGACCAGCGAUGAAGCCGUUCCGCGCUUCGAGCGCCUCCUCGAGACCCUGCAGCAUAUGGAUGUUGCCAGCGCCUACGUCGAUCUGCUGCACCAAGUCCAGCUCCUAAGCAACCACGCCCAGUCCCAGCUCCAGACAUCCAAUGAAGCUGCUUUGCAGCCCUACAGGCAAUUGCGUUCCCUCCAUACUCGUCUGAUCCACCUGCAGACCGAUGCUGAAGGCGCUGCCCCUCAAUUGAUCCACCACGUACAUCAGAUUACUCACGCUCUGCGUACAAAGAUCCUCGACGCCUUUGCCGCCGAUCUCGAAGCGAUAUUGAAGAAGAUUCGCUGGCCCAACGUCAAGGCCGCUAUACCCCCCCAGCUACAGGAAGAAUGGGAAACAGCUGUCACGAAGCUCCUGGACCUGCAGAUGCCCGAGCUUGAGGGCUUGAGUUAUGCUACCGACUCCAGCGCCAACAUCAAACUCCCCGCUGUACUCUUUCCCUUCGAGGUGCUUGUGCGAUCGCUCAAGAUGCGCUUCCGCUAUCACUUCGAAGGGGACAAGCCGACAAACCGCAUUGAUAGACCCGAAUAUUUCCUCUCUCAUGUUGCUUCCAUUCUAGACGACUACAGUGGCUUCGUGCUCGACUAUCUGCAGCCUAUCCUGUUGAAGCAUUUCCGUGGAACACAUCUUGCUUUGACCCCUGUAUAUAUUGAUGCGACAGCUGCUUUCGUCACUGCUUUGUUGCCCAUGCUAAGGCACAAGAUUAGCGCCAUUCUCCCCAAGGUGGCGGCUCAGCCGCAGCUGUUGAGCCACUUUAUGCACGAGGUCAUGAGUUUCGACACCACUGUUAGAGAGGAAUGGCGCUACGAUGGGGGCUACGGGCUCCAAGGCUGGAACGGCCUUGCGUGGGAAUUUCUCGUACAGGGGGACCUGUUUGGGCGGUGGUUGCAGGUCGAAAAGGAAUUUGCACUGGCUCGAUACCAAAGCAUUACCGAAGCUCCCGAUUUUGGCGAUUUGGAUUACGAAAGUGUCGAUCUCAAAGCCACAAAGCCCACCAAGGGUGCCAUUCGGGUUAAUGACUUGCUCGAAACAAUCACAGAUCGUUACAGACCCCUCACUUCUUUUUCCCAGAAGCUGAGGUUUUUGAUUGACAUUCAGAUUGCCAUUUUCGACCAAUUUCAUGAGCGUUUAUCGAGCAAUCUAGAAGCUUACCUCACCUUGACCACCUCGCUUGGCCGGGCUGUGGGCGGCGUGUCCAAAGAAGAACAAGACAAGCUGCAUGGCGUUGAAGGGCUUGAACGUCUCUGCAAGACAUAUGGCAGUGCAGACUAUCUCGAGAGAGCAAUGCGGGACUGGAGUGAUGACGUUUUCUUCUUGCACAUUUGGGAGGAGCUGCAAGACCGCGCUCGCCAGGCGAACAACAUUGGCAGCAUGACGAUCGCCGACGUCGCCGAACGUACAUCCAAAGCCAUCGGAGGCGAGUCGGACACAGAUGGCGGUGCGCUGUUCGACGAAACGGCGGGGUGGUACUCCCGCCUCCGCAUCCGGAGCGAGAAGAUCAUUACCGAUACACUGAAUAGCAACGUACGGGAGGCAUUACGACCCUAUCGACACAUCAACCCUUGGGCCACCCUCACCGGCGGUGCUUCUUCCACCCCCGCCAAUCUAUCACCCACUGCUGAACUGGAUCCACUCCUCACCCAUUUAGCGAGCACCUUUGGCUUUCUAUCCCGUGCGUUAGCGCCGGCGCCCCUGCGCCGCAUCGCUAGGGGAGUCCUUCUCACCAUCUCCACGACGCUCUGGGACAACGUGAUGAGCAGACACCGUUUCUCAACCGCCGGUGCGGCACAACUAUCGGCCGAUCUUGCCGCAAUCUGUCGCGUCGUCAACAAAGCCAUUGGCCCAGGUGUAGCGGAAACCGGGCUCCGCAAGUGUCUUGAAGGUGCGCGCCUAGUUGGGCUUCCUGUCCGUGGUGGCAAGUCUCAGGUCAAGACAGACACAUCCUUUGACAGCAACCCUAAUGGCGGCGGCGCUGGCGAGGAUGGGGAAGACUGGGAUGAAGCAUGGGGUGCAGGGGAGGACGACGACGAAAGCGAGGCACAGCUCCUUGGUGAGGGCGAGACGCCACCGCCAAGAGAAAGCCUAGGUGACACAACCGAAGCGAACGGUGAGCUUGGGCUAUGGGAAGUCGAAACUAGACUCUUCGCCGACAAUCAGAGUGCGCGGGAUGUCCUGGAUGAGUUGGGUUUCGAGACGUUGAGCGAAACUGAGGCUAGGGCAGUCUUGGGGAGGCGCGUUGAAUUGGCGGGGUAG